AUGUCAAACCGUAUUGAACCACUACCACCAACACUUUCCGAAAGACUAAACUCUCAGACUCAUGUUGUAUCCAUCACUUCUGCCCUGAAAGAAGUAGUUCAAAACUCCAUCGAUGCCAAAGCUACCACGAUCACCAUCCAGCUGAAUCUGUACUCGAUGCACUUCGUAGUUAUAGAUAACGGUAUUGGUUUACUUCCUGCUGAGCUGGAUCUUAUAGGACGUCCCAACGUAACGUCAAAAUUGAAGCGCUGGAAUCAGAUUAAGAACGUUAAGACGUAUGGGUUUAGAGGCAAUGCUCUUCACUCCAUUUCUGAAGUCUCAAAGAUAACUAUUAUAACGAAAGUGAAAAAUUACAAUUCUUCUUGGUUGAAGCUGCCGGAUUCGGAAGCUUGCCUGUUAGACAGUAAGACUAGGACAGAUGGUAAAAAGUUACAUGGGUUCCCAAGCGAUGGACAAGGAACACUAAUGUCCGUAGGCCAUAUACUCUAUAAUUUGCCAGUGAGAAGGAAGAUAUUUAUGCAAGAGCCUAAGUAUAAGAGUUAUAAUACUGUCAGAGAGGACCUCCUCCAGUUACUGAUUCAUAAUCCACAUAUCAAAAUGAAAAUGGAGUAUACAGAUGAAUAUGGUAGAAGGAAUAUGCUUCUGAACUACACUCUCAGAUCAGUAUGGCUAGAAGGGGCUGACUUAUAUUCUUACGUGUUCCGGAAUGUGUUUGGGCCCGUAAUUCCAGCCAAUACAAUGAAAGCAAUACGACUUAAAGGCAAAGGUGUUUUAGUUACAGCAGCUAUUUCUAAAUUUCCCGUAAGACUAAAAGACUUUCAAUUUCUUUUCAUUAACAGGAGAAAAUAUAUAAAUUCAACAAUAUUGAAAGAAAUUAAGUCACUUUUCCGACAGGUAGCUUUUGGCAGUAGCAGCAUAACCGAGCCAUCCAUAAAAAGUGUUGGAAAACCAUAUAACGCUUACCCAGUGUUUAUAAUAGAUGUAGAGUGUACAUCGAACAUCGAUGAUUUGAUUCAAAGCCCAUCAAAAGAUAUAAUACGACCAACUCUUCAUGAAGUGAUUGAUCCAAUGAUAAAGAAGAUUGUUACAUUAUUUCUGAAAUCGGAAGGAUAUUCAGUUCCUGAAACGGCAGUGAAUAAGGAAGAACAAGAACAGGAACAAAUCCAAAUACCACGUUCAAUGGCACAUGAAUUCUCGACCAAAUCAAAUUCGCUAUUGACAAGCAAAUCAGGAUUUGAUUCAAAAAUUAAGAUGGCAAAAUAUAUUCAUAAAGAUCCAACAGAAACUAUAAAUCCCAUUUUAAGAUCACCAAACAAGGUUACUAAGAAGGCAAUCAAACGCCUUCCAAGACCCUUAUCAUCAAACAACCAAAAAUCUCCGAAUAAACGCCGAUUGAAAACUCCCAUUUCCACUAAUGAUUGUUGGCUUGAUAUUCCGAAUGUCAUAUCUAAUUCACCUAAUAAAGGUUUAAUUGAAAGUGAUUUGAUGGCAUAUCAGUUAACCAGUUCUAUUUUGAAAGACUGUACAAUUAUUAAUCAAGUUGAUGACAAAUUUAUCUUAUUAAAGACCGCUUCCUCGCAAGAUAGAGAAUCUGUACUCUUGAUUGUGGAUCAGCAUGCCUGUGAUGAAAGAAUCAAGUUGGAAAGUUAUUUAAAAGAUUUCUUUCAAGAUGUGAUAAAUGGAACAAUUUCAUCACAACCACUUUGGGGUAUAGAAAUCGACGUUAAUUUCAAUGAGAGAGCAUUAUUCGAAGCAUUUAGGACUGAAUUUCAGGAAUGGGGGAUCGUUUAUCAAGUAAGCCAGAAUUUUUCAGGUCGAGAUAUCCUGAUGCUCCAAUCACUACCCACUCUAUUAAACUCAAAAGCGAACGGAGAUAUAUAUUACUUGAAGAAAGUUCUAUUGCAGCAUGUUUAUGACUUGCAAAACUUCAAGAGAUUAAAACUUAACAGGAAGGACAGGAGUACGAACGAGACGAAUAUCUCCAAGUUUGAUUGGUGGAAAUAUAUAAACUGCAUCCCCAAAGUUUUCCAAGAAAUAUUUAAUAGUAAGGCAUGUCGAUCAGCAAUAAUGUUUGGGGAUAAAUUGACCCAACAGGAGUGCACUAUUUUGAUAAAGAAAUUAUCCGAAUGUAAAGUCCCAUUCCAAUGUGCACAUGGUCGACCAUCUGUAAUCCCAUUAACAAAACUAAGACCUGGAUCAGAUUCAUAUGAUAAAGAUAUCUGUACUUUAAAUGGAGCCCUUUCAGAUUACGAUAUAUAA